AUGAACUUUCCGGGCAGCUACCAAAUGGCGAUCAGUAGGUUGAGAGGACUGGAAAAACGGUUGGCAAAGGAUCCGGAGUUGCGUAGAAAGGUGAACGAGCAAGUCGAGAGUUACGAGCAGAAGCAGUACGUUCGCAAGGUAACAGUGGAAGAGGUUGCGAAUGCGAACCCUCAGCGUGUGUGGUACCUUCCGUUAGGGGUGGUGACCAAUCCUAAGAAACCCAACAAAAUUCGAAUGGUGUGGGAUGCCACCGCGAAGGCUGGUGGAGUUUCAUUCAACGACAUGCUUCUCAAGGGGCCGGACCCUCUUGUAUCGCUCGUAGAUGUUUUGCUACGAUUCAGGGAAGGCAAAAUCGCAGUUUGCUCCGAUAUCCGCGAAAUGUUCUUGAGAAUCCUCAUUCGAGAGGUGGAUAAGUGGUCACAGUGCUUCCUAUGGCGUAGCAGUCCGGAAGAUGAAGUGCAGGUCUAUGUGAUCAACAUCGCUAUGUUCGGAGCAACCAGCUCACCAUGCACAGCACAGUUCGUUAAGAAUAAAAACGCUCUUGACUACGCGGAGCUGUAUCCCAGAGCAACAAACGCAAUCAUUAACAACCAUUACGUAGAUGACUUCCUCGACAGUGUCAACUCGGUGGAGGAAGCAGUUCAGCUUGUCAACCAAGAGGAGCUCAAUCGUCUAGGGGAGACUGGAUCGACAGCCAGCAAGUCGCUGAGCCUCGACAAGAAUGAAAUUUACGAACGCGUCUUGGGUGUCGUGUGGGUACCUUCAGCGGAUCAUUUCACCUUCGAUCAGACAGGGCUCAAGGAAGUCUUGGGUAGUAACGGAGCGAUUCCAACGAAGAGGCAAGUACUGCGGACCGUGAUGAAACUGUAUGAUCCUUUGGGAUUCGUGGCGCACUUCGUUGUGCAGGGAAAAAUCCUGAUGCAAGAGAUUUGGAGAACGGGUACUGACUGGGAUGAGCCCAUAGCAGAACAACUGUACGAACUAUGGAGUAGAUGGAUCGAACUGUAUGAGAUGAUCGACGAGGUGAAAGUUCCGCGCUGCUUUUUCGGAAAUCUUCUGUCACAGGAGGUGGACGAAAUCGAGGUCCACGAGUUCACGGAUGCAAGCGUAGCGGCAUGUGCGUGUGUCGCUUACCUGAGAAUGAUGUUCAGCGGAGGUAGCUGGUGUUCGUUGGUAGCAGCAAAAACAAAAGUUACGCCACUUCGGACGCUCUCAAUUCCACGCUUGGAGCUUUGGGCUGCCAUGAUGGGAUCCCGCUUAUUGCAAAACGUGUGUUCGGCGCUAACCCUCAACAUUCGAAAACGGUACCUUUGGACGGAUUCAGCGACAGUUUUGGCGUGGCUGCGCUCGUUUCUACGAGAUCCAAAAGGGCAGUGGCCUAAGCAAUCAGCAGAAGUGAGCGAAGCAGAUGCGGCAAGCGAAGAACUUCGAAUGGCCUACAUUCACAGGGCGCUACGGUUCUGGAAGCGCACGCUGAGUGAUGCACAAUGGCGACAAGGUCUACACCAAGAGGAUUUCGAGAAGGCGGAGGAGACACUUUGGCGACAGGCCCAAGCGCAGGCGUAUUCGGAGGAGCUUCACGAGCUGAGUAAGGGUCGCAGCGUUCGGAAACAAAGCUCACUGCAAUCGUUGGUUCCAUUCAUCGAUGAUCACGGAGUCAUUCGGGUAGGAGGUCGGAUUGGAAACGCACCGCACAUUGCAUACACGGCAAAGUAUCCCGUAAUAUUGCCAAGGGAUCAUCGUAUCACCUUCCUUCUGAUGGAUUCUUUCCACCGGCGGUUCCUUCACGCCAACGGAGAAACAGUCUUAAAUGAACUACGGCAAGGGUUCUACAUACCGAAGCUUCGGACUCUCGUACGUAAAGUCAGCAGAGAUUGUCAACACUGCAAAGUGCUGAAAGCUGCUCCGGUGCCACCGCUGAUGGGACCACUGCCAAAAGUACGGUUGACACCAUUCGUUCGGCCGUUUACUUACGUCGGCGUCGAUUACAUGGGACCUUUCGAAGUCAAAGUCGGACGCAGCGUGGUGAAGAGGUGGAUUUGCCUGUUCACCUGUCUCACAGUGAGGGUGGUUCACCUGGAGCUGGCACACAGCCUUUCAACGACUUCCUGCGUGAUGGCCUUCAGGAGAUUCGUGGCCCGGCGGGGCGCACCGUUGGAAGUCUUUUCCGAUAACGGCACGAACUUUGUAGGAGCGAAUCGCCAGUUGUCUGAAGAGAAGCAGAAGAUCCAGGACAUCGUCGAAGACUGCGCUGCCACAUUCGCCAACGCGAAAACCCAGUGGCAUUUCAACGUUCCAGCGGCUCCGCACAUGGGAGGACCAUGGGAGCGUAUGGUCAAGUCCGUAAAGGUAGCGAUGAAGGCAGUAUGGGAUAGUCCGCGUCAUCCAAGCGAUGAGGUGUUGGAAACGAUCAUGUUGGAGGCUGAAGCGAUCGUCAACUCGCGACCGCUGACCUACGUUCCCUUGGAGGCAGCAGACGAAGAGGCACUCACACCAAACCACUUUCUGCUGUAUGGGUCAACCGGUAUCAAGCAACCAGCAACCGAACCUGUGAACGUGAAGCCGCUGGAACUUGGUGAUCUAGUUGUGAUAGUCGACGAAAAUUCGAAGAAUCAUUGGGAGCGAGGACGUAUUUGUGAGGCCUUUCCGGACAAAUCUGGGCAGGUGAAGCGUGCUACGGUACAGAUAGCUAGAGGAGUGUUCACUAGACCUGCGGUGAAGCUGGCGGUUCUGGACUUGGCGAGCAACGACAGGAGUACGGAAGCAGUCGCUUCAGAAACGGAAGUGGUUCGCGGGUUGGGGGAUGUCGCUGAUACCCCUCGACGCUGCGAAUUGUGGGUGAACCAACUGACCGAACCCUCGCGAGCGAAACGCCAGUGCCGGGCGAAGCGAAUGACAGAUUGA